AUGAUUUUGUCGAUAAAGAAUCGCAUGAUCAACAAGACUUUCCGACAAGACGGUUAUCGCAGAGCUACAGGUGGGAAGGUUCGUGUCUCGUUCGCCGAUAUUGACGACAUGAAUAAUAAAGUCAAUAAAAAUACGAUCGUCGCACUACAACACGAAUUGGACAAGCCACCAUCUCCGAGCCAAAAUUCAGAGGACAACCAGAGGUUGCAGACCUAUCAAGUGGCAGGUCCGUCUACAGGUGGUUACCGUCGUUAUCGGACAUCCUCGAGGAUCGACAACCUGGCCAAGCCCCUGGCUGGGUUGCAAAAACCGUCGGUUCGGCCGAGUGCCUUUUUACGGGGAGUUGACCACCAGAUUCCGUGGUGCACAAAAGGCCCAAACGUUCCCAAUGAAAAACCUCAAGUAGUGCGCGGUCAGCAACCUCCACUACCACCACGAAAAAACACAGGGAUGUCACAUGCUGCCCUGAUGUACGAGACAUCGGAGCACAUUAAACGAUUGGUCAAGGACCGUACAACGCCUAAAGUGGAAGACGAAAAGAAGUGUUUCACGGUGAAGCCAUUGUCGCUUGUUUACAAGCCAUCGAUCCGUAUCCAACAACUCUCCAAGCCCAGGAUCCGCCAAGUGAAGACGUAA